CAUUGAUUGAUUUACGGAAUUUGACAAUUUGUUAUUGUUUCGCUAUCUGUGCAGUGUAGUCAGAGAAGCAUGGUUUUUCUAUUACAAUUAUUUUAAUAAGUAGUUACUAUUCCAGUAGGUUUCUCUUCUACAAACGUCUUAUACCUUCCAAAAUGAAUGCUUUAUUAGGUUACGGUUCAUCCUCAAGUGAUACCGAGGAAGAAAACACAGAGAAUGAAAAGACUCAGAUCGAGAGUACAAAGCUCAAAUUACCAAAGCCGACGAUCGGGGAAAGUAGCCUACAAACUUCUGUUUUUUCCAAUCCAUUCGCGGAAGCUGAACUGGCAAAGGCUGCAAUACUUGAAAAGCAUGUUAAAAUGGUUCCAGGUAAAGACAACACACAGAUGAUAAAUGGCAAAAGGAUAUGCUGGAACUAUCGGAAGGGCCGCUGUCGCUUCGGACACAACUGUAAAUAUGCUCAUGACACAGAUAUACAGAAGUCUAAUGAUGAGAUUGAAGCAGAGAAACAGAAACUGAAAUCAGUGGUAUGUGAAGGAGCUGGGACAAUGACUGCAGCUCCACCGCCUAUAGCCGUCCUUGAGUCUGUCCUACCCACAGAUGAUGCCGUCUGGGAGGGAGCCACAGAUAAAAAGAAACUCAAACGACCAGGGUUAAGCCAGACACUAGUGCCUGGCAAAAAAGUUAUUAAAAUGUAUAAAGAACAAAAAAUCAAAGAUAUUAAUAAAAACUAAAUAAUAACUUGUGUCAAGGCUGCUGUAUUUGUGGCAUGGUUGAAAUUGGCAACUUUGUUUUGCAUUAAAAGCUAUUGUUCCAUAAAUGUUAUUGCUUGCCAAAGGUGGAUUUUGAGCAUAGCUCAAGCAAAUCUAACUUGAAAACAUUGUACUCUAAACAUUGAAAUGUUUUAUUGAGAUGUUGCCUUAUUCUUAUGGAUCAUAUUUACCAGAUUAGGUACUUUAUGUUAAAGUUACAUCCUUGAGAAUUGCUCAAAAUGGACCUGGCACCAUCCCACCCAAUAUUGUACUUAGAUAAAAUUAUAUUAGUUGACCAUGAUGCAUUCACAGCAAUCUUUAUUUUACUUCCACAAACUUAAGCUUUAUCUUGCAUUCCACAGCCAUGUAUAAUAUUUACCAAAACAAAAAUGUUCAAUUUCUUGUGUUAAAAAAUAAAUAUGAUCAUAGUUACAACAUAA